UUUUGAAACAGCUGGCUUGUACGGGGAACACCACAAUAAGCAGGAAUCUUAGACAACCUAAUCCAGUUGUUUUAAUUAAAAUCCGCAAAUUCGUUUAAAGAACCAAAUCAGAUAGAGGUCAUGCAUUUACCACGAUUAGAAGAUCUGACAUCUUUCAUGUAUUUCAUCUCAGAUAUAUUAAAGGAGGUGUGAACGGGUCUCUGGUCUGUUCUGAUGGCUCAGUUUCCCUCUGGCCUGGUCAGUCGAAUACAGGGGGGUCUUAGUCUAAUACAAAUUCUGAACUCUGGCUUUCCAGGAUGACGUAAUCCACUCGAAUGCCUUCGUUUUCGGCAGCAAUGGUGGUGAAUCUCUUCAUUUUCGUCCCGGUGUGUGUUCUACAGCUUGGCGUGUCUGGUGUUGAUCCAGACAUAGUCUUAGUGUCAGCGAUGGAGGGAGAUUCAGUCACUCUACACACUGAUAAAACUGAUAAAACAAACCAACAAGAAAAGAUUAAAUGGUAUUUUAAAGACACUCGCAUCGCUCAAAUCAGUGAUUAUCUCAGUAAGACCUGUACAGAUGUUGAGUGUAAUGAAGGUACUGAGAGAUUCAGAAACAGACUGAAGCUGGAUCAUCAGACUGGAUCUCUGACCAUCACAAACAUCACAAACACAGACUCUGGAGAAUAUAAACUACAGAUCCUCAGCAGCAACAGCAUCACUCAAAAGAUCUUUAGUAUCACUGUCCACGAUGUUCCUGGUGCAGAGCUGAAUAAAAUGCUGGCCAAGUCAGUGAAGGAGGGAGAAUCUGUCACUUUAGAUCCUGCUGUAAUGAAGAACCCCAGUGAUUUGAUGACUUGGUACUUCAAUUACACUUUCAUAGCAAAAAUCAAUGGUGAUCCCAGUAAGAUCUGUAGAGAUGAUCAAUGUGAAGAUGCUGAUGAGAGAUUCAGAGACAGACUCAAGCUGGAUCCUCAGACUGGAUCUCUGACCAUCACAAACACCAGAACCACAGACUCUGGACUUUAUCAUCUUGAGAUCGUCACCAACAGCAGCAGCAUCCGUCGACGCCACAUUGUCAGCAUCUUCAGUGUUCCCGGCUAUAAUUGUCUUUUGUAUUUAUUUUCUAUAGCAGCAAUAUUUGUUCUGCUGUUUGUUCCAGGAGGCUGCUGUAGAAAACGUACCUAUAAAACAAGCAUCCCGGAUUCCUCAACAAAUGAUCUGGUAUUUUCCCCUUUCACAGAGGAAGAGUUUUAUUUUCAGUAUGUGUAAUUAUGUCACAACCAUUUAGCUUUUAAACAGGAUCAUAAACAGAUGAAAGCACUUCAUUGUCACAAUUAUGAAUUGCAAUAUGUUUGUGCAUCAUGGAUGUAGGCUUCCCUGCUGAUUUGCGUCCUCUAAACUGUGAAGCUCAGUGAUGUUUUCUUUGAUUUAACUAACACUGAGAGUUAUAGCUUUGUUUAGCAUGGUGGCCACUACAGUGGACAGCUAUUCAGUAAUCAUUUUCUUUUAUCUGCAUGGGUUUUAAUACAGUAGUGUUACUGUAUAUGAGCCCUUACUGUAGACACUGUUGCAUUAUGAAUGGGUUUCCACCCAGUUGCCAGCAAAUGUAAAUUCAGCUAAAGCUCCUUUAAACCAAAAAUAUUCAUUUUCAGUUGUGGUUGUAAGAAGGCCAGACAGGAAUAUCUUGGCAAAAUAUGAUGGCUUUAAAAUGACAUUUAAAAGGGCAUCGCAAUCAUAAAAGAUAGGUUAAUAUCAAAAUGUAAAACAGUAAAUAGUAUUUACUAUUAUUAUCAGCAAUGAGCAAUUGUGAUGUUCUAUCAAAGCAUCUACAAUAAAGUCUGAAAUGAUUACA